ACCUUCCACAAGAACAAUUCCCAGCUCCCCUCCCCUCUCUCUCUAUCUAUCUCUCUUCCCAUCCUCACCCCAUCCGCCGUCGUCACUCAGUGGCUCGCAGAGCUCUCGGCUUUUCUCUAGGGCUCUCUCCUCUUUGUAUGGCAGUUCGCUUACUCAACUAUGAGGUAGCUGACCUCUGUCUCGGCAAGCCGCCGCUGAGGUCUCUCUCCGCCUCCGCCUCCCUCGCCUCCGCCUUGUCCGCCCUCAAAUCCUCCGACGACGGCUGCAUCAGCGUCUGGUCCUGUCUCCACUCCGCCGGAGAGUGCCGUUGCAUCGGCAAGGUUUCCAUGGUCGACGUUAUCUGCUUCCUCUCCAAGGACGACAACCUCUCCUCUCCCUCCACCGCUCUCAAGUCCCCUGUUUCUGCGCUGCUGCCCAAACUUCCCGGCCUGGUCUGCCACGUCGAACCAUCCUCCAGUUUAUUGGAAGCCAUUGAUCUUAUCCUUGGAGGCGCUCAGAAUCUUGUGGUACCAAUAAAGACAAACUCAAGAAGAAAACAACAAAAAUCUUCAAAUUCUUCCACAUCUCACAAUGGUCGAGAAUUCUGUUGGUUAACACAAGAAGACGUGAUCCGAUUCCUUCUGAGCUCAAUCGGCCUAUUCUCGCCCAUCCCCUCCAUGUCCAUUAACGCCCUCGGCCUAAUCACCACCGAGUUCUUGUCAGUUGAGUAUCACUCACCGGCCUCCUCAGCCGUCGCCGCCAUCUCCCAGUCCCUGACGGGGCAAACUUCAGUGGCGGUGGUCGACGAUUACGGGAUUCUGAUCGGGGAGAUAUCGCCGUUCACCCUCGCGUGCUGCGACGAGACGGUGGCAGCUGCCAUUAGGACCCUCUCGGCCGGCGACCUAAUGGCCUACAUUGACUGCGGGGGGCCGCCGGAGGAUCUUGUCCGGGUGGUGGAGGCCCGGUUGAAGGAGAAAAACUUGGAAGGUGUAUUGGACGAAUUUACCAUCUGCUCGUCUGGAACUCCGUCCAAUUCUUCAUCUUCAUCGUCGGACGAUGACUCGUCAUCGGUUAAUACGCCAUUAAGAAGAUCGGGGAGGUACAACCGGUCGGGCAGCUAUUCGGCGAGGAUGGUGAGGAGAGCAGAGGCGAUAGUUUGCCAUUCAGGGAGUUCUUUGGUGGCCGUGAUGAUUCAAGCGAUUGCUCACCGGGUGAAUUACGUUUGGGUCAUUGAAGAGGAUUGUAGCUUGGCUGGAAUCGUUACAUUUUCUAACAUGUUGAAAGUGUUUCGCCAACAUUUACAUUCCUUGGCCUGAAAACACCAUAGUCGUCCGGUCUGAUCCAAUCCGGUCCACUCUGUUCGAGUAGGUAGGGAAGGAAGAUUAGAAGACUGGAGGGGAAGAAGAAAAAGUGGGGAGGGGAGGGUGUUGUGGAUACUGCCAGCAGCAGCUGCUUUGCUGCUUUUUUCUGUUUGGUCUUUCGUUUUGGUGUGAGUUUGGAUCCUGAGGCUUUACUGCUGAUUCGGCUCUUUUGGCUGUUUAAUAUGUGUAACCUUUAAAGGUUUCUUCAUUCAAUAAGAGCAAAGCGAUGAAUCACAUCAUCCUCUUCUCUUUUUCUUUACUUUCAACUUUUAUGUUUGUGCUUUUUAAGAUUUGAGAUAAUGUGGUUUAUCGGUGCUGGCUGGCUGGUCCAUUUCUUUCCCUUCUUUGUCCGAUCAAACUUGCAAAAGCAUAAUGAUGAAACAACCCCACCCAUUAGCCAUUAUUAUUAGUACCAGUAUCUCCCAGAAGUUGCCAGUUUUA